CAAAACAGCGCAGACCACGGCGAUCUACAAUGGCCGGUGUUGAGUUACAUCCGAUGCUGUUGUAUCUCAUUGGGGAGGCUCAUUGAACACGGGCCUACGGAGUGUGUAUACUUUGAUGGAAAGAAAAGCGAACCAGAGCGAAGAGUUAAAUUCUUCAGUGCCGCAAGAAAACUCUGAUGAAAAAAGUCGCAAUGGAGCUGCAGAUGAACCCAGAAAUGUUCUCCCAAACUCUCCUCCUUCACUCUCCCCUCUGCUUCCCAAAGCCCUGUCGGCUGUUCUUCACGCUAGACAAACUUCUCCCGGCAUGGAACCAGAACCUUCACCUAGAAGAAGAAGUCCACCAGAACACAUGUCAGCACCCAAACUGGAGCGGCUGCAGUCUGAGCUGAGAGAGCUGAGGGAGCAGUUUGAACAGAUGAAGAGUCAGCACAAUAAGGAAAUCCAACUGCUGAUGAACGAGCUAGAUGAGGAGAAGAGAAUUCGUCUGACUUUGCAGAUGGAGAUACAACGUAUGAAGAAGCACAUGUCCAAAUGACAAAAUCACCCUGAUAAGGACAAUCAUUUCAUUACUUCUAUUCAUUUUAUUAUGGUUGUAGUUUGCAAUUGGUCCUCAUACUGAAAGCUGAUUUUAAUCUUUUGUCGCUCCGAUUGACAAAAACACGAUACAGCUCAAGACUUUUUCCAGCCUUAUUUUGGUCUUCAUGGUGUUGGAUUUCAUAAGUUACUAAACAAUGUAACCCUCCCAGGCUCCAAAUGUUACCAGUUAUUGAAAAUAUGAACUGCUCUCAGAUAGCCGUUUGUUACAGUGAAUGUAUUGUAUAAGAAUUAUGAUGCAUAAUCGCCUCGCUAUUUUACUACACAAUUCCCUUUAGAUUUGAUUAUUCCAUUUUUUUCUUGUACAAAUUGAUGGAUAACAUACUUGCUUUUGAAAUCAUAAGUCAGGGGCACAAGUUGUUUGGAAUACAUGUUAAUAAUACACGGGCUGUCACAAUUUUUUUCAAACAAAGUCAAAAGUAUGCGGGCGCCAUUUGGAUAUACAUUUAUGAUGUCAAAUAAUGCUUUAAAAAAGACAUUACAUACUUUAUUUUUAAAAGACAAAACCUAGGGUCAGCUUUGUGUUGUAGGUGAAAACAUGUACUAUUAUUAAUUA